GGAGGAGCCCACGUGAUGAAACCACACCUGUAGGCGCGUCUCUUUGUACUUCCUGAGCGCUCAGUGUCAGUGUCCGCGCGCCUAGUGUGUGCGUUUGCGUUCGUCACUUCAUCUGGAUCAGACGGUUCAUCAUACUAGCAGGGUGAGUUCCAGUUGGAUUGCACUAUGCCGAACCACAAACACAGUUCCCGACCGUACAAGCCAAGUGGUAGCAAACACCACAGCAGCAGACACUACCCAAUAGAGAAAAUGCUUCACUUCUACCGCUGGACUUCACCACCUGGUGUCAUGAAGAUAUUGUGUAUCAUCAUCAUCAUCAUGUGUGUGGCUGUGUUUGCCUGUGUCGCCUCCACACUGGCCUGGGACUACGAUAUGAGCCUCAUGGGUCUGGGAGGUGGAACUAGCGUAUUGCCAGGUUAUGGUAGCGGUUCCUAUGGUAGUGGUUCCUAUGGUAGCGGUUCCUAUGGUAGUGGUUCAUAUGGUUCCGGUUCAUAUGGUAGCGGCUAUGGUAGUGGCAGUGGCAGUGGCGGUUCCUAUGGAGGAACACAAAUGGAUCCCAAAGCUGGAAAAGGCUUUAUCAUUGCCAUCUCUGCCAUUACCUUCAUAGCUGUGCUCAUUAUAUUUGUGUUGGUUGUUUCAAGGCAAAAUGCUGCUCGCUCAUCAAAGUUUUACCUAGCAACCAUCAUCAUCUGUGCCAUCUUGGCAUUUCUGAUGAUCAUCGCCACUAUUGUGUACCUUGUGGCUGUGAACCCAACAGCCCAGUCCACAGGAUCGGUCUACUACAGCCAGAUCCGCCAACUGUGUGCCCAGUACCAGAACCAGAACCAGGCCCAGGGCAUCUUCCUUAACCAGUACCUUUACCAUUACUGUGUGGUGGAGCCCCAAGAGGCCAUAGCUAUUGUCCUGGGCUUUCUGGUGUUUAUUGCCCUCAUCAUCCUGCUCGUGUUUGCAGUCAAGACUCGCUCCAACAUCAGGCGCUGGGGCCGGGAUCGCAUUCUCUGGGAGGAAGUGAAGGUCAUCAAUGAUGGUCUACACAACAGCGUCGGGGAGUGGGUGAACAAUGUGUCUGGUGACCCAGAUGUGCUGGUGAAUGACCAUAAUCCCAAAGUUAGGGGGUCCAGAGACUAUCUGGACCAGCUGGACCAUAACAAGCCUCUUUACCUGCCAGGAGACUCAGACAUCAGCAGUUCUGUGGGAGGCCUGAAGCCCAGGCUGAAGGACUAUGACACUGGUGUGGAGUCUGGAGAUGAGCUGGAGGAUGAGCACUUCUAUGUUUUGUUUCCUUCCAUUGUGGAUGAGCAAGAGCGUCUGAACUACAAACGGGAAUUUGACCAGGAACACCAGGAGUACAAGAGCCUGCAGGCUGAGCUGGACAGCAUAAACCAGGACCUGGCUGACCUCGACAGAGUUCUGAACCAACACCCUGAAAGCAGUCCACAGUUCCUGGAUGUUAUGGAGAAAUACACCAGACUGAAGAAUCUCAAGAAGUCCCCAGGCUACCAGAUUAAGAAGAAGAGGUGUAAAUAUCUCAGGUCCAAAUUGUCACACAUCAAGAAGAAGAUCAGCGAAUAUGACCGCAGGCCUUGAACCUUCACCUCUGACCCCCCCAUGCAGGGAAAAGGACACAUUUGCAAUUUCACACCCCACUGUGUCUGUUGCCUUUUUUAUAUUACAUCUGUAUCAAGUCAAUCAACUGAGUUUUUUCCAGAGGAGAAAGAGUGAAGGAAACUUUGAUUUUAUGAUGAAUUAUUCAACCUCUGUGAGUUUCAUGAAGAACUAUUUAGCUGUACAAAAUGUAUAGUUUAUCUCCAGUUUGUUAGAAUGUCAGAGAUGGGAUAUUAGAUGUUUUUGUUUCAGUAGCCUACUUUUAGACUUUAAUGAAGCCUUUUUGAAAAAACAUGCUUUACACUGUCAAGUACAAUGAAGGCACAGCUAAGAUGAGACAUGCAUUUUCUUGGCAUCAUCCCUUGUAAAUCAUUUUUAUUUUUAGUCUUUAGAUACUAUUUUAUUUGUUGUUUAGUAAGCUUUUUUAGUGCUUUAGUUCUGUAAAUGGUGACAACUAUUUGUCCUUGUUAUUGUAAGUUCUUACUAUAGAACUUUGUCAUGGUGGAUAUCAGAAGGAAAAGCCCAAGUGUAACUAAAUGAUUAAUGAUGGCUCAGUUCAAUUAAGGUAUGCCACAAACACAUUUGUCUUUUAAAUAAAUGAAUUUAUUUUCUCA